AGGACAGCGGACAGAGCGCGAGGACAGGAUUGUCUCCGCAAAAUGAGCUCCGGGACGCGCCCAGGACGCCACAGCGGCACGGAGCGGCCGUACUGAGUGGGGCGCGCGGUGCCACGGGACAGAAGACACGAGACGCAAGAGGAUGAGGCGAGAGGCGUGGAGCGCGCCAGAGGCGGGAAAUAAUGAAGUGGAGCACGAAAGGCGCGUGCGCGGUGCUGUCCAGCGCACUGCUGUUCGCGUGCGCGCUCAGCGAGGUGGUGGUGGGACUCCGCUGCGUGUCCCUGGGCUCCGCGGUGAAGACGCAGUUCCGCCUGAGCGGCGCGGCGGGCGCGUUCUACUCGGGGCUGCUCGUGGGCGGCGGACAGGUGCUUCUGGGGCUCGCGCUGCUCUGCUGCUCCGCACGGGCGCCUGGCUGCAGGAACCUCGCGCUCCUCGCGGUGGUGGUGUUGUUGUUGGGGAUCCUCACCGCGUUUUCUGGAGCGGUGCUAGACGGAGACGCGGCGACGCUGGUGCAACGCAAAUACUCGCACUUCUGCUUCCACGUGGGACUGGAGAACCCGGCGUGUGCGCGCUUGCGGGAGUACCAACGCAGCCUCGUGCUGUCCACGGUGCUGAGCGCGCUGCAGUGCGUCCUGGGGCUGCUCAACCUGCUCGUGAUAAAGCGCUAUAAAGCCGCACAGUUCUCCAGGCGGCAACUGGCGCAGCGACUGGCACAGCAGAGCGCGCACGUGGCGUUGUUCGCGGAGGAACGGGACGCGUGCGCGGAGCUGCCGCACGUGUCCUACAUCAACCUGGCCGUAACCGUCCUCGAGGAGCCACCUGGCGCGGAGACCACGCGCAGCGCGCACCCGUCCAGAGAGCUGCCCGGAUAUGCACCCGCGGACCACUACAGCCUCCCUUUCUCCAUAGCGCCCCUCAGUGACUUGCCGCCGGCUUACGAGGACAUCUUCCCCGCUCCAGGGGGCGUGGCUUCACAGCAGGAAGCCCUGUGCGCAGGCGCAGCUCCGCGACGCGCGGGGCACGUGCAGAGACACAGAGACACUUUAUAAU